AGCGACCCUGGCCGGGCCCGCGGCGCGCGCAGCUGAAGGAGGCUAAGUUUGGAGGCUGCGACCCCGCCGGUGAGCGCAGCACCCUCCAGCCUUGCAGAAGCAGCCACCAUGCCAGUCUCUAAGUGCCUGAAAAGGUCGGAGCCCCUGUGGAAGGGGUGGGACAGGAAGGCCCAGAAGAACGGCCUGCGGCACCAGGUGUACGCUGUGAACGGCGACUACUAUGUGGGCGAGUGGAAGGACAACGUGAAACACGGGAAAGGAACACAAGUCUGGAAGAAGAACGGAGCCAUCUAUGAAGGGGACUGGAAGUUUGGGAAGCGAGAUGGCUAUGGCACCCUCAGCCUUCCUGAUCAACAGACAGGAAAGUACAGGAGAGUCUACUCAGGCUGGUGGAAAGGUGAUAAGAAAUCGGGUUAUGGGAUCCAGUUUUUCGGACCCAAGGAGUAUUAUGAGGGUGAGUGGUGUGGCAGCCAGCGCAGCGGGUGGGGCCGCAUGUACUACAGCAACGGUGACAUCUACGAGGGACAGUGGGAGAACGACAAGCCACACGGGGAGGGCAUGCUGCGCCUAAAGAAUGGGAACCGCUACGAGGGCUGCUGGGAGAGGGGCAUGAAGAACGGACCCGGGCGUUUCUUCCAUCUGGACCACGGACAGCUGUUUGAAGGCUUCUGGGUGGACAAUAUGCCCAAGUGCGGGACGAUGAUCGACUUUGGCCGUGACGAGGCCCCUGAGCCCACUCAGUUCCCCAUUCCUGAGGUCAAAAUCCUAGACCCUGAUGGUGUGCUGGCAGAAGCCUUGGCCAUGUUCAGGAAGACAGAGGAAGAAGGAGAUUGAUGCCAGGUGAGGGAGAACACCAGCGCUUCAGGAGAAAUUCAAAUCCGUGUCACCCAGUCGCUCAGAUCAGUGCAGCUCUGGCUGG